UCAUUUAUUAAUAUAAAUUUAAAUUUCUUUGUUAAGAACCUCCUGACUGUGAGCUUAGUAGAAAUUAAAAGGUUGGAUAACAUAACAUACUUUCUUAUCCAACACCUUUUACUGAACAUAAUCUCUUUCAAGUCUACCCAGACUCUCCCAAGCCAUCCUUAAGGGUGCCGAUUUGGCCGCAACCUCGGCCAAAAAGGUACGCCAAGAGUUGGAAGAGAAACUCGACGUGAAACUACAAUCCCGCAAGAAGGAAAUCGACGAUUUGGUAAUGGAGUUCGUCAGCUCCAAGAAGGACUCCGGCAGCGCCAAGAAGAAGGGCAAGAAGGCCGACAGCGACGAGGAAGAGGGAGGUGAAGAGGACGAGGAGGAGGAGGAGGAAGAAGAAGAGGAGGAGGAGGACGAGGACUCCGAAUCCGACAAGAAGAAGAAACGCGGUUCUACGGCCAAAAAACCGCCUCCGAAGAAGGCCAAGAAGGGGUCGGACGAUGAGUCCGGAAGCGAGGCGAGCGACGGCGAGUCCGAAGAGGAGUAUUCGCCGAAAAAGUCGACGCCCGCUAAGGCCCGCAAGUUUCCCCCCAAGAAGAAGAAGGGCUCCGAGUCCGAUUCUGAUGAGGACUGGGGAAAGAAGAAGGGCGGAAAGAAAGGAGGUGGCGGUGCUGCCAGAAAGGGUAACGGAUACACCAAACCCCUGCAACUCUCCCCCGAGUUGUCCGCGUUGGUCGGUGCCGAAUCCAUGGCCCGCCACGAGGUCGUCAAGAAGAUUUGGUCGAUAAUCAAGGAGAAGAACCUGUACGACCCGAAGAACAAACAGUUCGCCAUCUGCGACGACGCCCUGAUGAAGGUCAUCGGCACGAAACGUUUCCGAACGUUCGGUAUGAUGAAAUACCUAAAGAAUCACUUUAUCAGUUAAGCGUUUUGUUCCUCCUUAUCGACUUUUUUGUUUGACAAGUAGAUUUAAGGUAACCAAUUCGACUUUUCGAGGGUUAACUUCGCAAGUUGAAUUUGUUUUAUUACAGUUCUUUAAUAAAAGUUUCGACGGGUUAUUUUUUUUUCGGCUGUAGACACGUUCCACUUCUCCCCGUAGAGCAGAAUUCGAUGUUAGUUAUUUCAUCUCUCGUAUAAGUGUUUGUCGAAGUCGGAUGUUUUUUUAACAAAAUUUCGCGCAGGUUCAAUCCAGCUUUGACACAAAAGGUUGUUUAAUUUCAAAAGUAGACUCGCCAUUUUUCGGAACAAAAAAUUCCUAAAGGACUAUUUUGAACAGCCCCAAAUAAUCGUACGUAAGUGUAGUAGACUUGAUGUGAACUGAUUACUGAUAAUAUCCUUAUUUAGGUUAAUUUUUUUUUAAUAGUUGUAGUUCUGUGUUCUAAUUGAUUAGGUACACACCCGUUUUCGAUUUAAAUUAAUGUGACGCACCGGCUAUUAAGGUCCGAGGCAAAUUUCGAAGUGAUUUUAAUUUGUACUUGUAUGUUUUUUUGUCACAUACUUUUGGAAAUAAAUGGUUCUAAGAUAA